GUUCACAUACUUGUGCUCAAAACAAUGGAUUCUGCAGUGAUUUUUGUCUUCUGAGGCCAGAAGGAUAUCAAUGCGCAUGUCCAACUGGAAUGGUGCUCAAGCCUGAUAGGAAAAGCUGUGACUACGGUGAGAACCCUUAUUAGUUUAUAUAUAAACCUCUCUGUUACACAGUCCAACAAUACAACUUAGUACAUAGUUGAUUGGACGUCCUAAUUCCAAGAAGCAUGACGUAAACUAUCAGUUCAUCCGUCUUUUCUGUUCAAAAUGGAUUGUUCUUUCCCUACAGAAAGAGAGAGAAGAAGACGGAGGAAUAGGCGAAAUUAUCAAAUUUGAAAAUUUUCCUUUUUAAUAAAAGGGGAAACCGCACAGGGUUUCAUACCCCAUAGUCCUUCCAUAUUAAAAAAAAAUGUUUUGAAAACCUGUUCUUUCAUAUGAUGACAUUCCAUCUCUAGAUUUGUUCCGUACGACAAGCUCUGAAAAAUUUCUGAUUUUUGCCGAAGCCGACUCCGGGGAAAUAUACAAGAUUCCUCUCUCGGUUCCGGAGAAACCUUGUUACCCACUCAAAAUCAUCGAAAACAUCUCCAGACCAAUAGCUGUGGACUACGACCUCGUUGAAGAUAAAAUUUACUGGACCGAUGUGACCUUAAAACUUGUGGCAAGAGCAUUUCCUAAUGGAUCUUCCGUAGAAAUUAUUGCCCAUAUUAACGUGGAUACACCUGAUGGACUAGCGGUGGACUUUGUUGGAAGGAAUCUUUAUUGGACCGAUGCUGGAACAAGUAAAAUUGAAGUUACCAGUUUGGAUGGUUCGGUUAGGAUGGGUCUUAUUACAUCAAGUCUAGAUAAGCCAAGAGCAAUAGUGCUCGAUAUUCAAGAAAGAUAAUAAAUGUUGGAAACUAAAAGUGCGAUGUUUUAUUAUUACCAAGCUUUCGAUUGUGUCGCUGCGUAAUUUUCUUGCCUUUAGAAAGCGCUGAAUAAUUGCUCUACCAAGUAAUCAUACGCCAUGACUUUUGCUUGACUUUUGCUUGUAAAGUUUUUUGAUUGAGUGAAAUUUGAAGCACUCAAUCUGUGAUGCUCAUUGUAUGCAUUACGAAACAAAUAUUUACUUUUUUUCUUGUUCAAAAGCAGAUACAAUGCAUUUUCGCAUAAAACCUUACCGAAAGAUAUUGCUGUGAUUUUUUUAGGAAGAUGUAUUGGAGUGAUUGGGGAACCUUUCCAAAGAUUGAACGAGCAAACAUGGACGGUUCUGACAGAACAGUUCUUGUUAGUUCUGGACUCGUUUGGGUGAACUCACUCGCACUGGAUUUUCAAAACAGACUUCUGUACUGGUGUGACGCGAAACUUGAUAAGAUCGAAAGGGUGGAUCUCCAAGGGAAUAACCGCUUAGUUGUAUUGGAUUUAUCACCCAGUAACUUACACCCAUUUGGAUUGGCUCUAGCUGAUCAUGUUCUUUACUGGUCUGAUUGGAACUACCAGAGCGUUCACACGUACAACAUGACGUCCAAUGUGAGUGACGUGUUGGUUCAUGGUAUGGGAAGACCAAUGGAGUUGCAUAUUCACAACCAAAUGGAUAUCUACAACAGUAACUAUGAUUUUUUAAUUAUUAAUUUAUUUUUUGACGAAAGAAGACAAGUUUCUCAGGUCUUUUUCAAGAUAUGUCGAGAAUACACACCUUAAACAUGAACCAACACCAACUUGCCAUAAAUGAGUGUUGUAAAGUUUCACUUGAAGAUUUUUUACACAGUUACCUCUAUCAGAAACUGUACCAGCACAUGCUUAAGCUUAUUUUUGCCAUUGCACAUGAGGAAAAUAACUACAUAGAGAAAUCUCGUAUAAUCGAGUCCCCUAAAAUGAAAUUUCAUUUAUAUGAAUGUGCCAGUCCUUUUUUCACGCUCUUUUUUUAAUGCAUACAUGUGUCGGCUGCUUUUCAAAAUGUAGUAUUAUACGACUGUCUUCCCUUCAUAUCGAGCAAGAAUCUCUUUUAUUUCAUAAGGAUCAACCAGCUGCUCUCAACUGAAUGGAGGAUGCAGUCACAUCUGUCUCCCAAAUCCAAACGGGCAUCGAUGUUUUUGUCCUGAAGGAGUGCAGCUUAAGAGUCACGAUGCCUUUACUUGCCAAGGAGGUACAUGUACAUAUAUUUUUUUCUAAUUGAGAGUCAUUUAUCAAAUAUAUAAAUGUAUAUUCGCCUUACACGACUUUGAUUCACUUUGCGCUCAACCCCAAUGACACCUCUCUCUCACAUUAUUCUCACCCUAAACGCCAUUUCCUAACUUUAUCAUAUACUUCUGACUAUACAUAUACCGUGAAACUAAGGUGUGUUCAUUCAGUUUUUUGUUAUUUUUUUCCAUCAAAUAGUAAAUCGUUGUCAGCAGCUAUUUGCACCAAACCACGGAAAUAUGGAGCCAUGUUCCAAUCUGCCGAGGAAAACGUGUCAAUUCUCCUGCGACAGAGGAUAUAACUUGGUUGGAUCAUCUACACGAACAUGUAAUGAUGACGGAACAUGGACUGGGACCCAGACUCAAUGUAAUCGUGAGUAUAACACUUUAAUCGUUCCCGAUAUACUAACAAGGAAGUUAUCAAAUGGAAAAUUGGCCAACAUUUUUUAUAACUGCUGAAGCUGCAAAUUUGUAGGCGAUAUGGCUCUUACUAAAUUAGAGGAGGAAGGCAAAAAAUUUCCCUACCAGUGGGCUUUGCAAAACUCGCUUACCUGAGUUUCAGAAGCACACAGUUCAUCCGCGCAUGGACGAUCAACAGGUUUAGGUAAAGUAAAUUGCUGUUUUUGUCAAGCCUUUGCUUUUCUUUCUCUUGGGUCUCUUUUUGCCCUGAAACUACCUGAGACGUUAUCAACAGAAGAACUCAUUGACUUUUGGUACCGAUAAAAGAUGCAUAAAACAAAAAAACAGACGGAGGGAAAAAGAAACUAAUGGACCGAUCGAACGAUCGACUGACUGAUCCAACGACUGUCUCACUGACCACUCGACUAAAUUACAUGUAGACUGGCCGGAAUUAAACUGAAUUAAAGGGAUAAACAGACUGGGAGACUGAUAACAGGACCUGCAAACAGAAGGGAAGAAAUCUGUCCAUACGAAGACCACAAGGAUGCUAUCCAUGUUAGCACAGUACUAUACGCACGCGCAUUUUACUAAUGGUUAGAGUGCUAUUAACAGAUAACUUGACAUCUCUCUCCUAGCUGUCCCUUGUACAGCUUUGCUAGCCCCUUUGAAUGGAAUUCGGCAAGGUUGCACAGGCACGGAUAAGGAAUAUUACAACACCGUCUGUCUGUUCUCCUGUAAUAUUGGGUUCAAACCAAUCGGUUCUUCGUCGAGAAAAUGUACAGAAAAUGGAACUUGGAGUGGUCAAUCUUUUGUCUGUCAAGGUAAAAAUAAAAUGUAUUCUGCAGCUGUUGCUUUCCUUACAAUUUAAGCUCUUUAUCAACGUAAAUUACUCCACAGUUAAAGCCUAAUAACCUAAUUUUUGGUUUCUUUUGAAAGUCGUAACGUGCCCGCCUCUAACAACUCCGCCAAAAGCCGUACACCUCAAUGCUUCCUGCGGCAAUACAUAUGGAUCAGACUGCAAGUUUGGUUGUGAAAGUGGCUAUGGAGAUCCCAGUGGAAAUGUAACUCGAAGAUGCUUGCAUACCGGGAAUUGGACCACAAAUACUAUCAACUGCACAGGUAGAGAAGCAUUAACACGUCUUGUGAAUUAGGUCAACUCGUGAAGUACUGAUUCCAGCCCGUGCUUUUAUGAGCCUAGGCCCAGUUGAGGCUUUGUAGAGGAGACAUUGAUAAUUCGCUGUAGGUUUCUAUCAGCUGGAGCAAAGGAAUGUUGUUAAGAAAUACCUUAUUUCCAAAUAUUUUACCCAAAAACAAAAACUUUAAAUCAUAAAUAUCCGGGGUGAUGAAUUUUGUGCAUGUUUAUAGUAUUAGCUUUAAACUAAAUUGUUACACCAGCUGCAUUUUGACCCCAAUAAUUAAUAAUUCUACAUGCUCUUUCUCUUUCCUAAUCUCAUAUUCAAAUAUAUUUCAGAUAUUCUUCCCCCGUCAUUCGGAGCUACUUGUCCACAAGGUCCGUUGUUGGUAUAUGCAGAACAAGGAAGGUUUUCGGCCGAUGUGAAUUGGACCGAGCCGGUCGCUAUCGACAACUCAGGAGUUGUAGCAGUGACAUCAAAUUACCAACCUCCUCGAAGAUUCAAUCAAGGCACGCACCUGAUCACAUACUCUGCGAAGGACCAAUCAGGAAAAAGGACUAUAUGCAGUUUUACGAUUAAAGUGAUAGGUAUGAAAUGUUUUACGCUCUUUUCUUGUAGAUCCAUUAGAUACUUUUCGUGUCGUUAUCAUCGUGAGAUGAUUGGCAUGUUAUAAUACAAUGUAUUACCAUAGAAAAACAUUUUUCUUCGUACGUCACUCAUCAAAUAACUACUUGGCAAUUCUCCUCGUUUUAACUUUUCUGUGAUUGGCUUUAUCAGUCCCUUUCCCAUUUAUCUAACUAUGAUAUGUAAAUACCAUUUUUGUUUGUUAAUUAUUUAUCUCAAAACUGGCUCGUUUUUUCUCCUAGUAAUACUGCUCCGCAACCAAUAUGCUCUCUUUUACAUAUUCUGUCAUCAGUUAUCAACUGCACGGCGCUGUGGCAGUCAUUAUGGAGCAAAAUGUAACUUUUCUUGCUCUAGUGGAUAUCGUUUGAAUGGUUCGUCAACAGUCCAGUGUGUUUCUCUCGGUAACGGACCUCCAGGGUUCUGGGACAGCCCUAUACCGACAUGUGAAGGUAAAAAGAUGGGAAGAAAGUUAGAAAUUAAUGUUUUAAGCCCUUAAGUAAACAAAAGCUUGACUGAUUCCAAAGAUAUGUGAUUUCUAGUAGCAGGUAACUGAGGGUGCCUGUGACUUUCAUGAUUGAGUCUUAUGGUGUUUAUCUUGCCACUGUAUUACAACAUUGUGGAAUUAUGGAUAUCUUUCCUUUUUCUCUCUUCUUUUCUUUGUUUGAAUGUUUUUUGUUGUUGUUGUUGCUUUGUUUUCUCCUGUUUUAUUUUGUUUCGUUUUGUUUUUUUGUUUUGUCUUGUCUUAACUUUUCUUAUUUUUUAUUCCUACUUAUUCCUAAUUCAUCCUCCCAUAUACCUCAUCUUACUCGUUUUUUUCCAGUUAUUAAAUGUUCAUCUCUUCCCAUCCCACUAAAUGGAUUUAAAGUUGGCUGUCUUGGCAACAUUUCUGAGCCGUAUGAUUCACGAUGUAGCUUCUCUUGUAACGUUGGGUAUAAUCUCUAUGGUUCAUCUAACCGACGUUGUCUGCAUAACGGCACUUGGAGUGGAGAAACAACUUCCUGUCAAGGUCAGAGGAAGCUACUUGAGAGUACAUGCAGGGCUAACUGUGGGUUGGAUCUCUAGAGAUAUUCGUCGUCAUUGCUCAAUGCUCAUGCGACAGUUUGGGAAUUUCACUUGUUCAACUAAAGGAUUCAUUGUUAUGCUAGAAUUUUGGGACUGUACAUCACUCAAACCAGAAUUUACCUGAAAAAAAAAAAACACUUGUGAAUAAAUAUCUAAAUAAAAAAUACAUGUAUUAUUACUAGAAAACUCUAGACCUUGAGGUGAACAAAGCUCUGUUUAGGUAUAAAUAGAUAUAUCAUGCCAAAAAUUGUUCUUUAAUGUAUUAACCAGUGAUCGUUUCGUAACGGACCGGAGAGAAUCCACCAUUUCCAUAAUCUAUAAAGGCCCUAUUGGUAGACAGGUCUCCGCAGUCCAUUCUGAGGAGGGGUAUUAGGUGCUCAUGCUAAGGAGGUUAACUUAGAGUUUCACUUAAGGAAGUUCCUCGUUGACGAAAGUUUGGGGAAAGGAGUUAAAUAGAACAGUUAUUAUUAAUAGUUUACAUAAAAGCCUUCCAGCGAUGACGACGGCAAUAACAAUACUUAUGGACUCAAAUUGAAUAACUUCACUUUUCUUACACAGAGAUUGAAUGUGGACCCCUCGUUCCUCCAACGAACGGAAUCGUUUCGCCACUGUCAUGCCUUUUGAGCAGCAAUUUCAGCCAGACUUGCAAAUUUGCUUGUCAAACACCCGGAUACGUUCUUGAUGGGACUGCGUCACGAGUAUGCAGUAUCAGUGGAAAAUGGAGUGGGUCAAACGAUACCUGGUGCAGAGGUAAGCCUAUAAAUGAAAUUAAAGGCCACCAUUGAAUCCAAGUCUUCCAUAACAAAAAACACACAAACAAACAUUCUGAGCACUUGGCACCCUUCUUUCCCCUCUCAGUCUUGGUCUCGAAAAUACCUCGUCUAGAUUGCCAACUGACGAUAUUGGAAAGGUUGAGAGGGAAAAGGAAAUAUUCUUCCAAAGAGGAUGCCGAGCUAAUCACGUCUAACAGUGUAGCUGAUAGUUUCUUUUCAUGGUGUUAGGUAUUGCUAAAAUGUUUCGGUGGAGAGCAAAGAGAAAUUGAAUGGGAAAGAGAAAUUGAAUGGGAAAUUCCAGCACAAGAUUGAAUAUUUCUUAAUCCUCUUGCAGCAGUUAACGAAGAGAGAGAAAAGAAUAUAAAUUUACAGAUAGAAUAAAAAAUUCUCCCCAUAAUAUUGCUUACAAUUUCAAUACGCUUGCUCUCGCUGUCUGAAUGGAAUUCAGUUUCAACCAGACAAAUGAUCGUCGGGGAAUGUGAUGUCCCAUGAAAAGGAUAUCGUAAAAUAUUCUUUGACGACAUGGGAUGAUGUGUAAAAUGAUGAGUUUGAUGGGAUUCAUUUCCUUUCACCGGUAGUAGUCUGCAUUCCUCGAAUAUCAACUUUUUUAAAGAAUGAAUUAAGGAUGUUUCCAGCAAAUUGGCUAUUCCAGUAAUUAUCUUUUUAUUUCCUCUUAGCUGUUUCUCCUUACUUUGCAGACAAAACUCCUCCCUCUUUUAAUAACACAUGUCCCGGUAACAUAGUGGUCUAUACCCCCGAGUGUUCAUCCACUGCUCUUGUCAACUGGAGUGAGCCAACUGCUUCCGAUAAUUCUGGUCAUUCAACGAUCGAAUACCCUCUAAUUCGACCUCCGAUUGACCUGAUUAUUGGCCUGCACAAUAUACUGUACUCAGCGUUCGACAGCAGUGGAAACAGAGUCAACUGCACUUUCAUUGUCCAAAUUGCAAGUAUGUUCCUUGUUUUAUAGCAGUGAUCUUUUAAAAAAAUGAGCAGUAAUUGCUUUCAACCAUCUGGGGGCGACAGAUGCGAUGGAUGUUCUUUGAACAGGAAUUGAAAAAAUUAAUAUUAUUGUAUUCGAAGCCCCACCUCUGCUUAGUUUCGCUUUAAUUACCCCGCCAUAAAGAAAUCAAUUCCGAAGAGUAAGAAAAGUUGCUUCUAAUGUAAAACUAAGCGGGCGAAAUACUUCUCGUCCAUAAAAAAAAAUUUUAAAAAGCUUAAUGCACUAAAUGCAGCGGUGUGUGAAUCUAUUGAUGGAUUCUAAGUGGUGGUAACUGAUAGCAUAUCUCACUCACAGGAAAAACGUGCGUGACACUCCAACCCCCAAUCAAUGGAAAAGUAGCUUUCUCGUGUGGUUAUUCAUUUGGUUCCGUGGCUACUCUUACUUGUAACAAAGGAUUUCGAAUUGUCGGGUCUCGUCAGCGCUCUUGCAAAGAAGAUGGACUGUGGUCUGGCGACAUGACAAUAUGCAAAAGUAAGCUACUCCGAAUCGCAUUUAGUUUUCGUUUUCUUAUUUCUAAAAGAGAAAUUGAAACCCCGGCUGUAUGAAUAAAGCUGGUAAAACUUCUUUUAAAAGUCUCGGGAAUUACACACUGAGGAUUGUGAGGUAGAAGCAUUCUCCGUGGAGGUAAUUUAAAUUAAAACUGGAGGUUAGAAUAAAAACAUUUACCUGUUACAUAUUCUAAUCCAAUGUCUGGCAUUCAAAAAUAGUUAAUAAGUAACACAGCCUACAACGCCUUCUAACAAAGGUUACAUGGUUGUUUCCCGUAGUGGUCAAGUGCCCAGCGAUUGCCCCUCCGCCUCAGGGAAAUGUUGUUCCAAGUUCAUGUACGUCAGUUUCUGGCGUAUACUAUGAAACACAUUGCUUGUUUAUGUGUAAUGAUACGGCUGGUUAUCGCCUGGAGGGAGCAAGAAAUGUGUCCUGCCUUGAAAGUGGAUUGUGGAGUGCAAAUAUUAACAAGACGAUCUGCAAAGGUACAGUAUACUGAUUAUGAUACAUUUAUCGAAGAAUUUUAAUCUGCAAGCAUUUCACGGUGUUCCUGAAAGAAAAGAGAUGGCUUAGAAGCCCUAAGCAUAUGCUCGUAAUAAAACAGAAAGGUGGUUCGGUCAUAUAGGAUCUACUUUAGCAAAAGCCAUUUUUUGAACCUCACUCGAAUAAAAAAAAAUAUACAUAGAUCAGAACAAUGAUAAACAUGCAAUUUUUUUUUUACAGAUAUACAGCCACCUAGCAUUCAAUGCCCAAGCGACAUGGAGAUGCCCACUGAAACUGGUCAGUCAUAUCGUAAAGUGACUUGGAAAGUACCGGUUCCUUUUGACAACUCCAAAGAGCAGCCAAUCCUAAGCGGUUUGUUGCCCCCACAAAAGCUGAAUGUUGGCAGGAAUUACAUUAACUACUCAGCAACUGAUUCUUCUGGACUUAAAUCGUUCUGUAGAUUUUUAAUCAAUGUUAAAGGUAAGCACUGUUCAUGCUAUCGUAUAUGAGUCUAGAAGUAUUUUCAAGCUUUGAAAGCUCGUAGUUGUAAAUUGAACAGUUUUCGUAUUGAUUGAGAGCCUCUGCGCUAAUGUGACACAUUUUCCAAUCUAGAUAACCAAGUUUUAGGGUUUUCGGCAGGUGAUCAAAAACCCGACCUUUCAGACGCAAAUAAUCAAAACAGGAAUUUUACGAACGGGAGAAAUAAAAUCCAGCAGCAUAUUAGACACAGCUCAUCAUGCUGCCUUGGAACAUUUUUGCUUUCAGGAUUAUUACCCUCUCAACGACACGAAUGGGCGUUUACAACAAUUAACUUGAGUGCGGUCUUACUUUCUUCUCUCGUUUAAUAAACAGACCAAGAGUCGCCUAGGAUUUCAUCCUGCCCCAAAGGCAUCCAUAUUACCUCUGCAAAGAAAUGGACUCAGGUGUUUCUCCCUGCUGUGGUUAUCACAGAUAAUGUUGGUGUCUACAGGUUCAUGACAAGUAGACCAAAUGGAAGUGACUUCACCUGGGGAAAGCACAACAUAACAUACACUGCAUUAGAUGCUGCAGGAAAUUCGGCCACCUGUAAGUUCCGUGUUGUAAUUACAGGUAUGUAAGAGUUACACGGCAGAUACAGCCUUCCCUUUCUUCUAGUAUAGGCGGUCAUUGGCGUAAUAAGUGACUACCUAAUUAAGGUCCUCUAAAUGCUGUCAUGAAACUUAUAAUAAUACCUUACAGACUCGAAGUUAUAUUUGAGAUCAUAUUCACGAGCGACUGUCUUCAGGAGGCAGUAUACGCCACAUAUCAUAAGUGUUACUCCCGGUGAAACUGUCCUGGAGGGAUAUUGACAAACCUAAAGGGGAUACCUUUUCAUGAUGCCAAUCAUAUAUAGAUAUUUCACUUUUAUGAAACACUCAUAUCAGUAAAAACUUUAUGCAUGGCACAAAACUCUUGGUAUCUUUGACAUAUAUGCGAUUGAUAAAGCGAAGUUUUGGUAGUGAGACCUGUUAGAUUUAAAAUGGCCGGGUUCAGACUUUGCCUUCCUACCUUGCCGGCUUUUUUCGCUGGGAGAGUGUUAGUUUUAAGCCACCCUAAUAACAGUGAAAGUAAAUAAAAACUUGCUUUGAAAGUGCAAACCAUAAAAUCAGCGAGAGAAAUCUGUUUACGUUCACUCUUACGUCUUUUGCCGUUACCUUUAACUUCUUCCCUUCUCUUGUGGAAAGAUCAAGGAUGUCCUGAGCUACUUUCGCCAUUAAAUGGAGCUAAAGCAUGCGACCUGUGGCUGGAAGCCGGAAAGAUGUGCACACUACAUUGUAAUAAUGGAUAUGACUUUGCUCGAAAGCCACCAUCGUUCUAUAUGUGCGGUAUUGCAACCAGGAAAUGGUUACCUAACGACGAAGUGCCAGACUGUUCAAGUAUGGUUAUCUCUUUGUUUUGACAUUAGUGUAAAAUUGCUAAAUUUGAUUGGUAAUCUAGGUUCAGUAAGGGACCGGUCGUGAUCUAUCACCUCAGGAGGGAAGAGAGUCUUGAUAAAAUGUGACUUCCCCCCCCCCCCCUCUUCCCUACCAUAAGACUAAGUAAGACUAUGUGAUAUAACCCUUAAUUGGCAGUUAAUUUGUCGUCAGUUCUCGAUAGUCCCCCUUUUAUACUCUGUUGGCGACGACUGACUCCCCCUUCGUUUCCCCGUGAUCCCCUCGAAAUCUUAAUAAUCUCAACUAAUUUUUUUUUUCAGAAACGCGCCAGGCAAAAACUUUGCUCAACAUCCAGCUUUACUAUUUAUCCGAUCAUUGUAGCGAGGAAAUUUAUUCCCAAGUCGAAAGCAACUUCAUUGCUCUUUACUUAAACGUUUUGGGUCCUCUGAUUGGCUGUGGUUCGGCGGAAGAAUGCGAAAUCGGGCGUGUGCACGUGGAAUGUGGAGACCAAACUGGAAUACUUCGAAAAAGAGACGUAGAAGAAAAUAGAAAAGAAUCACAAGUUUCUCUCAAGGUGCGAUUUUCUUUGAAGGUUCCACUGCCUAGCAAUACCUCAGUGGAAGCAGUCAACGAGACUGCCGAGGAAAUUUCAAAAGGAAUUCUUAGAGUCUUCAACGAUACAAAUCUCAAUUUGAACGUCAGUGGAAUUGUUUUAGAGUAUGACACUUCAAAACUACCACAACUUCGAUUCGAGCGUCUUCUUUGCGAUGAAGGGCAGGUUCUGAAGGGGACCAGAUGUGGUAAGAAACUUUCACAAUUUCCAUGUCAGUUUGAUAACUUGUACACGAAACAUCUAACAUCAAAAUGUACCAUGUUAAGCAUCAGUGACUACGGGUAAGGUUCAUAUUGAAAAACUUAUUUGAAUCAGAAAAAAAUGAAGAAAAUUAGAACAAUAACAGCAACAAUUUAAUGAUUACAACGCAACAGCAGAGAGGAAGUUUUAAGAUUGAAAUAAUGUCAUUGCUGAGAGUGUCGCUUAUGGCGAGCGCCACAUGAUAAAACAAAAUGCUAAUUGUUUGAUGCUAACUAAAGCCAUCCCUACCAACUCUCCUUUCUAAGCUUUUGUAAAUUUGUUUUGUUUUAGUAAACUGUCCUGUUGGCUACUUCUUUAACAUCACUGACUGUGAGGCAUGCCCAGUUGACCAGUACCAAGAUGAAGAGGCUCAGUCAUUCUGCUUUGAUUGCCCAACUGGGACAUCGACGGUCGGAGGAAGGGGAGCCAAACGAAGCGAAAACUGUGAAGGUCACAAAAAUUAUUUAUGUUUCUAUUUUUUUGUUUGGGUCGACGGACUUCACCGCAGUAUCUGGAAAAGGGGGCUCAGUUUUGCUGUAUUUACUGUCUGGCUGGGUGCUCUAGGUAUUCCAGCUUGCUUAGGCGAACGGUUCAAUGACUUAUACAGUUUUUGUAGCUAAAUUAGCUGCUUUCAAAAGUGUUAACAUUGAUAUAUACAAGAUUAUCUUUUGAUUCUUUUAUUCUUUAUGUUUAUUUCCUUGCAGCAAACACAACAAAAAUUUCCAACACAAAAAAAAGCUUUCCAGCAAUCUUCGUUUCCCUCGUUGUGGUUGGAUUCCUGAUAUUCAUCUCGCUAAUUUUGAUCUGCAUCUUCUAUAAAAAGAAAUACUGCGUGUAAGUUUGCAGCAUUUAUUGCAUAGUAUUAAAUCAUUAACAAAUUGAUAGUUGAAGAGUGUAAUAUGUUAUCUUCAUGUUCAUAUCAUGUGCAUGUAAAUCGGCAAAAUUAGGAUAAUUUUCACUCGUGUUACACGACAAUGCACUCAUUUUCAGCCAAUCAGAGGCGUGUAAUUUUUUCAUUGCUUAGAAAAACCAAAGCGACAUUCCUACACUGUCGGAAAGAAAAUGAAACCUUCCUUCCGUUGUAUUUCUUCCGUCCUACCUUUGUAUUUCUUCUUAACUUUUUGGAUUUUGAUGACGAGCUGUUUUAUCUUCGAUAACGUUUCUUGUUCAACUGUUUUUUUCUUUUAGUUUCUUGAACUUACCUCUCACCAAACAACAACAGCAACAACGACGACACAAAGCCUUUAACAUUAGCAAUGCACAAUUUCGAAAGCACCUCUAUAACGAACUUGAGGACUAAUACAUAUUAUCGUCAUCAUUAUUACUAUUAUUAUCAUUUUUAUCAUUUUCAUGUAUCUUACAGGAUAGUGAUAUGCUCAAAUAGGGGUUAAAAGUUUUUUAACUUAAGUAAGGAGCCGUGUGGGAGGGUUCAGAGCUAACUAAGCUUUUAUCAGAAUUCAUUUUCCGUCCAUAGACAAUUUAUAUUCACGAAUUUUGCUUCAUCUUUGUUGUCACUUGAGAACUUCCCUUAACCUAGAGAAUACGGAAGCGAUCAUCGCAUCCCAGUUAUAAACACUACUUAAGCAGUGAUGAAAAUAAGGACUGAAAAAAACCAAGUUUCGUUCGAGGUUUGAACACAUGACCUCUGCUAUACCGGUGCAGUGCUCUAUCGUAGAGGUCAUGGGUAUAUAUAUUACAGUCAUUUAUUUUACUUUACCUUUCAGGGAUAGGAAACGAUAUUUGGGGAGGGACUCGCGGGUUACGCCUUUGCCUGAGAUUACGGGGCGUUCAAAUUCAACAUACAAUGGUAACGAUGGCAUUCAAGGCGACGAUCCCUAUCAUAUGGAGAUGCAAGACAUUAAGGACAGCAUUCGUGGGUUUUCUAACAUGAAUUAUGAGCCCUAUAAUGAUGCUAUUGGGAUAUGUGAACAUAAUUACGAAAGACUUGAUUAUGAAAGGCCAGACAGUCAGACUGCAUAGAAUUUGCGCUCUGAUACUGCUUUAUUUUAAUGAUUCCUACAGAUGUCACUGUUCCCCUUCAUCCAGGUCGUUUAACUUAACGUUGGGUAAAAUUCAAUGGCGUCACUAAUGCUUUACACCCUGACAUCAAUGCGCAUGCCCUCCAUACAGUAUUCUCUACAUCUCCAGAGGUGUUUAAAAAGUGAAUUUGUUUAAGUUUAGUUGGUUUUUAUUUCCUUUUUUUCUUGUGACAUUAAAGUUUGAUUCAGGGUGAUGCUGUGAGGAGAAAUUAGACGCCAGUUUCUCUUAGAAGUCGAAGGAUUAAAAGCAACUUAAACUCAAACAACGCUAAAUUUGUCAGUUUUAUUUCGAACUUAGUCCUUUAUCAAAUGUUGAUUGCUUUCCAUUAGAAUACGAGAUGCGAAAUUUAUAUCUUCCCACACAAAUUAUCGGUCACAGUUAUUGAUUAUCGGUAAUUAAUCGAUCAAUCGAUUGGUCCAAGUGAAUUGAUGACUAGGGCUUUGAAUACAUAGUAUGGGUAUAGUUGCAGUUUUAUGCUACAGCUGGAGUAAAGUUUUUCUCAAUGUAUAUCAGUGCCGUGAAUUUAAUGCAUAACGUGGUUAACGUACACGAGACGAGUAUGCCUCAAUGCAGCAUAUCUGCUUCCAUGCGUUAUCGGUCCGGACCGGAAAAAGCAAACCUAAAAAGUAACACACACGAAAGAGAAAGAUACAAAAAAGAAAAAACGAUCUUUAUGGAGGACAUUAUAUUUUAACUUGCGUUUUCUUUGCAUGCAAUGACC